UCUAACCUAUAAAUAGUUCGAUCCAAAUUUUUUAGUUUGAUCUCCGUCGAAACGUUGCUCUCCUUCGCGCGCUCUCUUUUCUGUGUUUCAGGCUGCGAUUGGGUCGGUGUAUCAAUGGCGUCGAGUCUCUUCAAAUCGCUUGUUGAAUCUUCCUCCAAAUUUCCGUCUUCGGCAAGGAAUAUCAGUAUUGUUAGCAACCAAAUCAGUCGGCACACUGCCAAAUGGAUGCAGGAUAUAAGUAAGAAAUCCCCAAUGGAGUUGAUUAACGAGGUUCCACCCAUCAAGGUCGAAGGGCGUAUCGUUGCUUGUGAGGGAGACAGCAAUCCUGCCCUUGGGCAUCCAAUCGAGUUCAUAUGUCUCGAUCGAGAGGGGCCCGCGGUCUGCAAGUACUGUGGCCUGCGCUUUACUCAGGACCAUCACCACUGAUCAUUCCAGCUAGCAACCCUGAACUUGGAAAGCCAAUACCCUUCCGCUCCAAACUUGACCUCUGUAAUGCAAUGACUGCAACUCCUGCCUGCAUAAAUAGGAAUUUGAGAACUCCAUUCACUCACACUUCGCCCGGGUCCAUUGUUUUUUCCAAAUUUGUUUCAUUGCUUAAAAGGAUUUGUUUAAUGGACCUAUCUUGCUGUACCAAUAAAAGGUUUUUUUUUUUUCUCCUAAUGUCUUGGAGUUGGAAGCUUGUUCAUUCUUAUGAAAUGGAAAUUCGAAUCUUUAACA